AGGUCUUUUAGAUCCAUUCUUAGAACAUGGUGUCAAAAUAAAACAAUCCGUUAUGUAUUAUAACGUUCAUGAUUCGAGCAAUCCGAUCAAGGUCGAUCUUAGCAGCUUGAACAGUUCCUUUGCUUUUGGAUUAAUAAACCGUCAAAAUAAGACCGAGGAAUAUUUAAUUGACGCUCUACACAAGAAGAAAUCAAUAGGAAAGAAAUAUGUUCCUAAUAUUGAAUUCGGCAUGGAAUUAGUGCGGUACAAAGAAGAAGAAAACAAAAUCAUCGCCGUCGUAAAAAAUACAAACAAUGUGGAAGAAGAAAUUACUUGUCAAUAUUUAGUAGGAUGUGAUGGUGUACAUUCCACAGUCAGAAAAGGAAUAAAUGGUUGGACAUAUGAAGGACAGACACUGAAAUCUUCGUGGGCUUUAGCCGACUUGGAAAUUGAUCAUGAAUUACAUAAACACGACUGUGCUACCGCUUUUGCUUUUGCUGAAGGGAUUCUCGCAAUAGAAUCGUUGGAUGUCGGAAAAAAUACUGUCCGUAUUAUUUUAAAAAUUUCUGAAGAGGAGAGCAAACAGGAAACUAAUGACUACGUUACGGAUGAUUUCACAAAAAAUGAAACACAUAUUACGUUGGAAGAAUUGCAAAAAUUGAUUGAUGAGAGAAUUGCUCCGAUUAAAUUAGAACUAAAGAAUCCUGUAUGGAUUUCUAAUUUCAGGAUUAGUGAAAGAAUUGUAAAUAGAUAUAGAAUAGGGCGUGCGUUCGUUGCUGGAGAUGCUGCUCACUGUCAUUCACCAUUUGGUGGUCAAGGCAUGAAUUUGGGAAUUCAAGAUGCUCAUAACCUAGCAUUUAAAUUAGCCAUAUCUAUUAGUGGUCAGGCGGCUGACGUGGAUAAGCUUAUUGAUAGUUACGAACAAGAACGAUAUCCUAUUGCCAAAAAAGUUGUUUCAGGUACCAGUUUUUUUAGAAAAGUGUGGAGUGAUAAUAAUUUUAUUAGCAAGUUCCUCCGAACAAGCGUUGCUCCUUUCAUGUUUCAUUUAUUUCCCCAAACUUCGAUUAAAGUCCUUACCAAAUUAUUCCAAACUGAUUUUAAUUAUUUACCUGAAACUUCCGUGAUUUUUCACAAGUAUAAAACUCGUUUAAGCGCUGAAAACAAAUUGAUCAAAGCAGGUCAUUACGCAUUAGAUGGAUUAUUAAAGAAAAUAACCAAUAAUAAAAGUCACGAACGCAUAACUAUGUUUGAUAUCUUUCGUUCAACUGCAUUGAAACACACCUUAAUCCUCUUUACUCUAACUAAUGGUGUCACUGCUGGUUGCAAUCCGCUAAUUCGUACUCUAUUGGAAAUAUACAAUGAUUAUAAAAGCACUAUCACACCAGUUAUCAUUUCAUAUCAUGGCGCUGUCCAGACUGCUGAUAUACCAUUUAUGCCAUUCCUAAAAGAGGGCAGAGAACAGCAUAUAUUUGCUGAAUGCAAAUUAGAAUUGCAUGAAAAAUAUGGAAUCACGAAAGAAGUCGGACAGCAGGCUUUCGUACUCGUUCGACCUGAUUU